GAACUAAAAACAAAAAAGGGGAAGUUAAUAUUGGGUGCACGUCGUUCGGGAGACGAGCUGCUGCGCACGCGCAAAUCUAUCACAGCGUCAAAAGGAGAAUCAUAACAUAUCGGUGACUGCAUGAGGAUAUUUAACAGAAACAAUGACUUAACCUGUGUGUGGAGACCUCAGAUUAAUCAGCGUGACUGGUCCGAGUUGAUGAGGAGAUGGACAACGUUACUAUGUCCGCCGCAGAUGGGACCGCAGAGUGUCCUCUGGUGUCCGAGGACAUGAAGGGGAUCUGCGUAAUGCCAGAUCUGGGUGCUAUCAAGACCGAGCAGUCGGUGGGCGCAAGCCCGGAUGACACAGGUGCCCAAAACGUUGCCAUGGGCAUCAAGUUCAUCCUUCCCAACCGCUUUGAUAUGAACGUCUGCUCAAGAUUCGUCAAGUCGCUUAACGAGGAGGACAGCAAGAACAUCCAGGACCAGGUGAACUCUGAUCUGGAGGUGGCUUCUGUUUUAUUUAAAGCUGAGUGCAAUAUUCAGACCUCACCCUCCCCAGGUAUACAAGUGCGUCAUGUUUACACACCAUCCACCACAAAACAUUUCUCCCCGAUCAAACAGUCCACCACACUCACCAAUAAACACCGCGGCAAUGAGGUUUCUUCCACACCUCUUCUCGUGCAUUCAUUGUCCAUUCAUCAACUAGCAGCCCAAGGAGAAAUGGUGUUUCUAGCCAGCAGGAUUGAACAAGAGACAGUGAUCAAUCUCCAGGAUGAGGAAGGUUUUACCCCCCUGAUGUGGGCAGCUGCACAUGGACAAAUUGCCGUUGUCGAGUUCCUGCUUCAAAAUGGUGCUGAUCCUAACCUCCUGGCCAAAGGGAGGGAAAGCGCCUUAUCUCUGGCGUGCAGUAAGGGUUACACAGACAUUGUGAAGAUGCUCAUCGACUGUGGUGUAGAUGUCAAUGAAUACGACUGGAAUGGGGGAGCACCUCUGCUGUACGCUGUCCACGGGAACCAUGUGCGCUGCGUUGAAAUCUUGCUCGAGAGUGGUGCUGAUCCAACCAUUGAAUCAGACUCUGGUUUUAAUGCUAUGGACAUGGCUGUUGCUAUGGGCCACAGAAAUGUCCAACAGGUUAUGGAGGCACACUUACUGAAGUUACUGAUGGGAAUCAGAGAAUAAACUGUGAAACUUCAUAAAUACUUGACACCGCUGGGUUCUGGACAGUCAUGUAGCACUCUCCAGCUGUCAAACAGGAACAUUUCGUCCCAUUCAAUCAUUGCAUCAUGUCAACCAUUCAGGGUCAAUGAUCCACAGGAAGGUUUGUGUGCAGUUUUUUGAGUUUUUCAAACUGUUAUUUUCUCUCUGGAUGCACAUUUCAAAAAGCAAACAUUUCUUCACUACAGCUUAGUAUCCACUGCUCCCCACCUGUAAUACUGUCACUUCUGAACAGUUUUUACUUUGUUCUCGUGUUCUGUUGCAUUAGUCAUUUCAUGCUUUGCCUGUCACUUGAAGUGUUUGAACUAAAUUAUUAAACAUAUUAAGCCCAACUUAACUGUUAAUGUUGAAUUGCUAAAUGGUCAUAUUGUGUGGUUUGCACUGAAGACGGUGGCAUUUGAAAUGCAUUGCACACAGUACAUGUACACAAUGUCUUUAGGAUGCUGACAAGUUUUUUUUGUUGAAUUUGUAAGUGUUUAUUUAAUUUAGACAUUUUGUGAAAUGAUAAAACUCAAUGGUAUUCUGUUUUGUUUCUAUGUAAUAAUAUCCUGUUUCUUAUUUAAAUGUCCCAUGUUACUAUGGUGCCCUCUGCCAUUGUCAAAUAAUGCUUGUUUGAUACUAGGUAUAGUAAUGGAUGUAACAAGGAUUCACGCUGUACAGGCAUUUGAGUAUAAGUUAAAAAGGUCAGACCACUGGUUUAAUCACAAAUGAAGCUGGUAUUUAAUUAAAUUAUGGUUUUAAACAGCA